AUGGAGGACAAGCAGAAACCUCACGAAGACGUCCUUACGCGACUCGUGCGCGACUUGGAAACGAAGACGACUUUGUGCUACGUCAAGGACUAUCCUGGAGUGGAGCUGGAGCAGCUAAAUGAUCACGCGAAGAAGCUCGGUCCUUUGGCGAACCCCGUUUUUGGCGAGCAGCCGGCGUUCUUCAUCGACGAAGGCCGCUUCUUUUUGGAUGAAUGGGCGACGUGGUCUGGAGAAGGAGGCAGAGUGACAACCUCGCAAGGGGCGUUCAUUCUGGAGCAGCGUCCCGGAAAGCCCAACGUGAGAAUGCCCGACGUGGCAUACACACCGCGAGAUGAUGACAGGAAUUUGACUCGUGAACAGAUGUGGACGUAUCGUGGCGAUCCCUAUGUCCCCACCUUUGUUGUUGAGAUUGAUGAGCUCUCUGGUCGAGGCUCUAAACUUAGCGCUCUUGAUGGAAAGAUGCGAAAUGAUUAUUUCCAGCACGGCUGCGUGGAGAGAUCUUGA